AUGGAGAUUACUUUGCUAAUCAUCGUUAGUUUGAGUUUAUUCUUAAUCCCAGUUGCUAAAUCUCAAGGAGGAUUGAAAUCAGGCUUUUACUCUUCUACAUGUCCCAAAGCUGAAGCUACUGUGAGGUCUACUGUUGAAACACACUUCAAGAAUGAUCCUACUGUUGCUGCUGGCAUUCUCAGGCUUCAUUUUCAUGAUUGCUUUGUUGAGGGUUGUGAUGGCUCAAUCUUGAUCAAGGGUCGUUCUGCUGAGAUCAAUGCAUUGCCUAAUCUUGGAUUAAGAGGAUUUGAAGUUAUCAAUGAUGCUAAAACACAGUUGGAAGCGUUGUGCCCUGGUGUGGUUUCUUGUGCUGAUAUUCUGGCAUUGGCUGCUCGUGAUUCGGUUGAUCUGAGUAAUGGUCCAAAUUGGGCGGUGCCAACAGGGAGACGAGAUGGUAGAGUCUCGUCAUCAUCCAAAGCUUCAAACUUACCGUCACCUUUAGAUUCUGUCGAUACCCAGAGGCAGAAGUUUGCAGACAAAGGCCUUGAUGAUCAGGAUCUAGUGACGCUAGCUGGUGCCCAUACGAUAGGCCAAACCGAUUGCAGAUUCUUUAGAUACCGUCUAUACAACUUCACGACAACCGGGAAUUCAGACCCGUCCCUGAGCCAAUCGGCUCUGACCAACUUCCAGACCCUGUGUCCAAAGAGCAGUAGUGGCACAGAACAGGUGGCUUUGGACAAGGACAGCCCGAUGAAAUUUGACGUGAGCUAUUUCAAGAACGUGCGUGAUGGGAACGGUGUUUUGGAGUCAGAUCAGAGAUUAUGGGGCGACCCUGCGACUCGUGACAUAGUGCAAAACUACGCGGGAAGAAUAAGAGGGUUGUUGGGUCUUAGAUUCGAUUACGAGUUCAAAAAAUCCAUGAUCAAGAUGAGUAGCAUUGAAGUGAAAACGGGUGCACAAGGAGAAAUUAGAAAAGUCUGUUCUAGGUUCAACUAAAUAAAGGGUAAUUUAGUCAUUUUAUGGAAGUGUAACAGUUUGUAUGUAAACCCUGAAGUGUUUUAUGGAUAACUGUUUCAAGGGCAUGUUAUUAUGGAAGCUGUCAUUGUGUUUUG